AGUCGCUCUCAGUCUGAUUUAAUUUCUGUUUGGAUUCUUUUUAGUGAAAAAACUCUAAAAACUGAAAGGCACAUAGUGGGUCAAAUGGUAUUUGGAUCAGGAUAGUUUGUUUCAACAAGAUGAAACGAUGGAGAACCCAAACCCUAUUCUGCUUGCUUCUGUGUGUCGGUAUUUUACCAACCUGUUGGUGUGCUCAGGGGAAAUACGCCCAGAAGCUCCUGAAUGAUUUAUUCACAGACUACAGUAGUGCACUGAGGCCUGUGAAUGACACUAACACCAUACUGAAUGUGACCCUGCAGAUCACACUUUCACAAAUUAUCGACAUGGUAACACACCACAGUGCACAAGUCACCACCAGAUUGUAUGUGUUAAAAAAAUGUACCCAUGCAACAAAAAAAAACGUAUUUCUGUUCCAGCUGCACUGUGUCCCCUGUUGUUGUCAACUGCUUUCUAUUCAUUUCAAUGUUUUACAGGAUGAGCGAAACCAAAUUUUGACUGCAUAUUUAUGGAUACGGCAAGUGUGGGUUGAUUCACACGUUCAAUGGAAUAAAGAUGAUUACGAUGGACUCGAUACCAUCCGCAUACCUAGUAGUUAUGUAUGGAGACCUGAUAUUGUCCUAUAUAACAAUGCUGAUGACCAUUUCAAAGGCUCCAUGGACACCAAUGUAGUGAUCCGGCAUGAUGGUCAGAUCAUGUGGGAUUCCCCUGCUAUCACAAAGAGCUCCUGCAAAGUGGACGUGUCUUUCUUCCCCUUUGAUGCUCAGCAGUGCAGGUUUACAUAUGGCUCCUGGACAUACAACGGAAACCAGCUGGACAUCCUGAAUGCUAUGGAGAGCGCUGACCUGGCCGACCUGGUGGACAAUGUGGAAUGGGAGGUGUUGGGUAUGCCGGCCAAGAAGAACAUUAUUCAGUAUGGCUGCUGUGCUGAGCCUUACCCUGAUGUGACAUACACACUGAAACUGCAGAGAAGAGCUUCAUUUUAUGUCUUUAACCUGCUUAUACCAUGUGUAAUGAUCUCUUUUCUGGCUCCACUGGGCUUUUACCUGCCUGCUGAUUCUGGAGAGAAGGUGUCUUUGGGUGUCACAGUUAUGCUGGCACUAACUGUCUUUCAGCUGUUGGUGGCAGAGAUCAUGCCACCCUCUGAGAAUGUGCCACUUAUUGGAAAGUACUACAUUGCAACGAUGACCAUGGUCACUGCCUCCACUGCACUGACCAUCUUCAUCAUGAACAUACACCACUGUGGCCCGGAUGCCAAGCCUGUUCCCAAGUGGGCCAAGAAAGUCAUUCUGCAGUACUUGGCCAGAAUGUGCUUUGUUUAUGAAGUUGGAGAGAACUGCUUGUCACCACAGCCCGAGAAGCAGGAGCCUCCACAUGUCAAGAACACCAACUGCACCAUGAAUGGUCAGGCAGGACCAGGCAGAGAGGACUGUGUCUGCAAAAUGGAGAAAGGACAAGAGACAGUGGGCUCCAUGGCCACAGAAGAGAGGGAGGACAUGGAUCAGAUGAUGAGCCCAGGCGGCUCCAUUGGGAAAAACCCCACCAACAACUACUGCACUUGGAAGAAUGGCAUUUUCAUGAGCAUGGACUGUGGAGAUUCCCAGGGUCAGAGGAGAUGCCGCAAGGGGGGUGUGAGUGAUGGAGAGAGAAAAGACAGAGACGAUUCCUGCAACAGUCAAAGCAACGAGAGGCAACUGAUGCGUAACAUCGAGUACAUAGCCAACUGUUACAGGGAUCAGAGGGCAACGCAGAAAAGGACUGGGGAGUGGAAGAAAGUAGCCAAAGUUUUAGAUCGCUUCUUCAUGUGGAUAUUUUUCAUCAUGGUGUUUUUAAUGAGCCUUCUCAUCAUGGGCAAAGUCAUUUAACUGCAGACCUGAGAAGUUAGACUGAAUGAGAGUGUUAAGGUUGUACCCAACACCGAGAUUAUUACAAUUUAUAAGAGUUCAUGAAGUAUAAUACUUAGCAGUUGUUUAAUUUAGAUUCAGAUUGCACUUUUUCCUUAUGUCUUAGAACAUAGUCUGCCGACCAUGUGAUCAUUCACCCUAAUGCAGUCCUAAUAGUAAGUCGAUUUAGAUCUUAAAUACCUUUUUAUAAAUAAGUGUUGUUGUGGAUAACUUGCAAUCCCAAACUCAGGACCCAAUGCACCAAAUCCAUACAUUUUUCUGCCGACACUA